ACAGGCGCGAAGUUGCGAAGUUGGAUGAGUUGAUUUCUAUAGGAGAAGAGAUAUUCGAGCCGGGAAAAGGGGCCGGGCGGUAGCCGUGCACGAGGCCCCCAAACCAGCUUAGCGCCUUGCCAACAACCUUAAUCUGACAUCGCAGGCUUUCCCCAACCAUGGUUUUGCUCCAACCAAUCCAUCUCGUCAGUGCUCACCCCAAUCUUCGUAGCCCUGCCCAAGGUGAGGCUACUCCGCCACCCGCCCGGCCUUGUGGGACGGACCCCCCUCAUGGCCGUCAUAUUAAGAUCAGACAAGUCCAGAAGUGUAGACAUGGUCGUCAGGCACCCUGCCAUGACAUCCACGGCUACGACUUCGACGACGUUCUGAUAGAUACCGGGUACGGAGUAGAGAAUACACUAGAUCAACAACAACAUCAAAUCGCCCCUCUAAACCACCAUGGACGAAGUGAAGCUGCGUCAGCUGGAGCGCCAGUACAAGCUACGAGUGAAGACUGGCUGCGAAACAUGCCGGUAGCACACGAUUCUGACUAUAAGUCCCUCCAGGACACGCCGGGUCAAAUGCGACGAGACGAAGCCAGAGUGUUUACGCUGCACAAAAUCCGGCCGCAAGUGCGGGGGAUACAAACAUGCUGCUAAGCAUCGAGACGGCUCUCCGGCCGCUGCAGCUUCGUUCAGGAAUCCCUCCUUUCUGGUCGUGCCUCAGAGACCCCGCCCAACCAGUGUCCCCAGGAACCCAUCAAGAAGUCUCUCCCCCGAGGCGGCGGAGAAUAGAUCCUUUCACUACUUUCAGACUCACACGCUACCCCAA